AUGCCCAGGCUGAUGUGCAAAGGCAACUACGCCGAGCGUGUGGGUGCUGUCGCACCAGUCUACCUGGCUGCCGUGCUCGAGUGCCUGACUGCUGAGAUCCUGGAGUUGGCCGGAGACAUUGCCCGUGCAAACAAGAAGCCUCACAUCAUUCCCCAUUACCUACUCCCCAAGAAGACCGUCAAAGCCAAGCUAUACUCCGACUGCAAAUCCACCCUUGGCAAAGCCUACAGGAAGCAGCUCAACGCCAAGUCUGCGCGCAGGAGGCCUCCCAGUUACAGGCCCGGCACCGUUCUCAGAGAGAUCCGUCGUUACCAAAGGGCCACUGAGCUGCUCAUCCGCAUUGUGCCCUUCCAGCGCCUGUGGAAAAAAAUCGCCGACCUGCGCUUCCAGAGCUCCGCCGUGAUGGCCCUGCAGGAGGCUAGCGAGACUUACCUGGUCGUUCUGUUCGAGGACACCAAACUGUGUGCCAUCCACGCAAAGAGGGUGACCAUCAUGUCCUAG